CAAUGUGUGGCGGGUAGUCGUAAUUAGAAUGUUUUCAAACCACUUGAGGAGCAGUUUUGUGCUGGUGCUUGUAUUGGUCUUCCUACCGAUAAGUUUGAAUGCCGCGGAUGCGAUUUGCGAACGGAUUGACUUUAACGAUUUCACGUCCUACAAGAUUCGACAAUGCUCGGAGGGUGGAAAGGAAAUAAUGCGUCUGUCUGCCUACGUGGGAUCCUCCAAAUUUGAACCAUACAGAGAGAAUGUGCAAUACUUCUUGUCGAAUGUUGGUCCCGGUGUUAGUUGUAUCGAAUCGAUUGACAGUUUCUUUGUGAAUUCCUUUACGGAACUACGGAUGAUGUAUCAGUUCUUGUUUAAAACGGAGUCCACGCUUACGAUAAGGAUUCUGGAUUUGGAUCAACUCGAUAGACAAGGAAGGCCAAUAAUUGCCCAAGUUUGGACAACGCGUCAGCCCACGAGGACGUGGAGUUUGUUUGCGGGCCGAGUGGAUAAAGAAGUCAAAAAAGCUAGGUUGCAGCUUGAGGUUGAAAUGAGCGACGAUGGAGACGUUGCAUUUGAAUAUAUGACGGUGUUUAAUCCGUUGGUUGUGGAGGAAUUUUGUAUGAAGCUAGAUGAAUUUUAUACGCCACGACCAUCGAGUACGACUGCACGGUCAACUACGCCUGAACCCACAACUACAACUCAACGCUCAACUACAGCUCUACGGACAACAACAAUUCAACGUACAACUACAACUCCACGCUCAACUACGACUACGGUAGCUACAACUGUUCCUUUAACCACGAGACGAACAAGAACAACAAGUAGAACGACACUGUCAACUACAACUGAACCACCAACCACUACCACAGCUACAACUACGACUACGGUAGCUACAACAAUUCCUUUAACCACACCAAUUACUACGAGGCGAACAAGAACAACAAGUAGAACGACAUUGUCAACUACAACUGAACCGCCAACCACUACAACAGCUACAACUACGACAACAGUAGCUACAACUUUUCCUUUAACCACAGCAAUUACUACGAGGCGAACAAGUAGAACGACAUUGUCAACUACAACUGAACCGCCAACCACUACAACAGAUACAACUACGACUACGGUAGCUACAACUAUUCCUUUAACCACAGCAAGUACUACGAGGCGAACAAGAACAACAAGUAGAACGACAUUGUCAACUACAACUGAACCGCCAACCACUACAACAGCUACAACUACGACUACAGUAGCUACAACUUUUCCGUUAACCACACCAAAUACUACGAGGCGAACAAGUAGAACGACAUUGUCAACUACAACUGAACCGCCAACCACUACAACAGAUACAACUACGACUACGGUAGCUACAACUAUUCCUCUAACCACAGCAAGUACUACAAGGCAAACAAGUAGAACGACACUGUCAACUACAACUGAACCGCCAACCACUACAACAGCUACAACUACCACUACCACAAGUCGAACGACGACUACGACGGAAGCUACAACUACUGCCCCUGUUAGUUCCACAACUGCAACCCAGAUCAGAUCAACAACUACAAUUCCAACCACAUUCACAACUAUGCCCUCAACCACCACUACAACACCCAGUACAACGGCUUCUACCACUCAAACCAUCACGAUUGGAACUCCUACAACUACAUCCCCAACAACAGUAACAACAACAACAGCACCAACAACAACACCAACAACAACAACAUCAACAACAACAUCAACAAAAACGGCACCAUCAACAACACCUGUAGCUACUACGACGCCAAGAACCACUACUACAAGCACAUCGAGUUCUACAACACCUCCGGUAGAGACUACAACUACCUCAACAGCUGAUACUACAUCAAGUGUUCCCCAAACCGUAUCUCUGGUAACAACUACUACAGUAACCGCUACACCUAGCACAAUUACUAUAACCAGGACUAGUCCUAGGACCACUCCCAGCACAAGAACAACAUCAACGCCCAGUACUUCAACGUUUGAAACUUCCACUGUGAUCCCUGAAACAACGGCUCAAUCGACCAGAUCCUCAACAACAACUCGUCGUACUACAAGGCAAAGUACAACUGUUCCAGUUACUACCACACCAGCGAUUGAUGAAACAACUGAAAAGCUUCAAUCGCAGAAUUCCACUACUGAUACAUCUUCCACCCGUCGUACCAGAACAACUAGUAAAACCUCUACAACCAGAAGAACUACGGAGUUCGUAGCAGAACUAAGUUCUACACCUCAAUUGCAGUCUACCACCUCGGAAACUGCUCUUACAACCGCUUCACCAUCAACUACUUCGACUAUUCCCCGAAGUACUACUGCACGAGCUACAACAAUUCAGUCAACUCAACUUCCAACAACGCGAGCAUCUACCAUCAACCCUCCUACAACAACGCAGACUACACUCGCAACCAUUCUUCCUGAUACGUCUUCGUCAACUGCGCCGUUAACCACAGCCAACCCCCCUUCCACGAUUCGACCUUUUCCAUCCCGACCGUUCGACCCUUCAAAUCUUUUUUCCGAGAAAGACUACUACGACGAAUCCAGUGCCAUAUGGCUCUCGCUAACUGGCGUUUUCCUAGUCCUACUAGUGUUGGCCUCGGCAUUCGGGCUGUACCUGUACGUCAGCUGUAAACAGAUCUCCCAUAUCGUUGCCAGAGAGCUCGAACUCGGCGAAGAACCGCCCAGUCAAAUUUCCAGAACCAUCAACCACUACGUGAACCCGCUCGCUCAGCAAACCUACCAACGGCAACGACAGCGCCAGGAGCAAAUGCGACAACAGAAUUUCCGACCACGACCGCCGCCUCGUGAUAGUCCACCAUUGUCCACCAGUGAUAACAGUAGCUAUUUGGAGAACACCAGGCGGAUCACCCAACAGCCCAUUAUUCCUCCAUCGGUGACUGCGAGACCGUUCUCUAUGGCAGAAGAAAUCCGAAAAGCUAAGCUCAAGAAUCGGCUCAAUAAAUUUUAA